AUGAACGAUUUAUCGCACCAUAUCUCGAAACUGAACGACGACAAUUAUUCAUCGUGGAGCAUUAGAAUAAAAAGUUAUGCGACAAUGAAAAAUCUAGAUACGGCUUUAACGGACGGAAAUUUCGCAACGAAACCAGAAAACAAACAAGCAGACGAUAAAUGCAGAGCCCUAAUUGUUUUGAAUGUGGACGACCGCAAUCUAUCUCAAAUCGACGAAUGCAGCACCGCAUACGAAAUGUGGAAAAUUCUGGAAAACGCUCAUGCCAAAAUUGAUAAUUUUCACGCGAUAUUAUUAAAAGAAUUCGUGAAUUCAGAGAAGAAAACAACGGAAUCAAUCGAUGAAUACGUCUAUCGCAAAUGUGAGAUUCAGAAGAAAUUAAAUGAGCGCGGAUUAAAAUUCGACGAAAAAAUCAAAAUCGGUAUUAUUCUAAUCGGAUUACCGGAAACGUACGAGCAAACUAUCCGGACCAUAGACUUAAGCAAAGAAGAUUUAACAUUAGACCAGAUUAAAACGAAGUUACGUGAAGAAGAAAAGUUGAUCAAGAACAAAAAUUCCUCAAACGAACACGCAACGAUUAAUAUAGCAAAACGAAAUAACGAAGCAAAAACUGAACCUCGCGAACGUGAAAGUCAACAGAAAAAUUGGAGAAACGAACGAACCCAGGAACGUACAUAUGGGGAAGAAAAUUCUAGAUGCGAAACGUCAUAUCAAUCGGAAAGCAUUAAAUGUUUUCGAUGCAACCGUUACGGACACAUCGGACGUUUUUGUCCACGAUACGGAGAUGAUACGAACGGAAAUAGAAAUAAAAUCGAAGCUCAAGGCCAAAAGAAUAAAAAGGAAAAUUCUCGAAUCACCGUGUGUCAAACCAAUUAUGUCGCAAACGAAAAGAAAGAAGAAUGGAUAGUAAGACAGCGGAUCCACAGAUCACAUUUCAAACGACAAGAAGAAAUUCACAAAAAUGAAGAUGGAGAAUCGAAGCAUAAGAUGCGCGGGAGAAGAAAUAUUAAAAGGAGAAGGCAUAGGAGACGUAAACGUAACAUUGGUCCAGAAUCGAGAAAAACGAGAGAUAAUCUUAAAAGAUGCGCUUUAUGUUCCUAA